AUGAAGGUCUUUUUGCCUAUCGUGGCCCUUGCUGGUCUGGGCCUAGCUGCAGACAUGAAUGUUUGGGACCUCGAUGACUCUUGCCAAACACCUGAACGUAAGGGCGCUUUCGAAAAAGCAUACAGUGAUGCCGAGGUCCUCGCAGUCAAGGCUCAAGAGGACCUUGAGAAGCUCAAGGGCGCGCGUCCAGACUUUGUCUCAAACAUGCGAACUAAUUGGGACCGCAUCGCGAGGGCCGCGACCAACAUGUUUGGCUUUGUGCCAAAUAAAGAUGGCCAUGACCCCAAUGAGGAGCAUUACUCGAAUGUUAGAUAUGUUUAUGAUCGUAUGGUCAAGACACUCCACAAUGAUGAAAUGAUUCCAGCCAACGGCUACGGCGGUCUCAAGCCCCUUCUUCUAUGCGACGAAAGCAAAUUCGUCUGGGUUGGCAGAGAUGACAAAGAUCCUCAUGACCCUGCAGGACGCCCCCUACGCGAAUCCAGACCUAAAGAGAUGGCGGGUCAAACAGCUGGAGCUUGGGUGUACAAGAAACGGUAUCUGGUAAACAGCGUCAAGCAAGAAAACACAGGUCUCUGCAGACCUGGAGUAUUUGCUGUUACUCUUACCCGAAACGAUUUUAUCAUCUUUUGCCCUCCGUCGUUUGAGGGCAAGGUGGCUGAGACACAAUCUGCUGUUGAUGCUAAAGACAGCGUUCAGAAGGAUGAUACGCUGGAUACGUACUCGGCUACUAGCCUUUCGCGAAUCAUGGUCCAUGAGCUUGCGCACUGGUUUGGUGGUGAUAAGACCGGUGGAACUGAGAAUCGCAAUGUCCCUGAUCAACAAGCUGUCGGAAAGGAGGGUGCCCUGGUCUAUCAAAAGCCCGACGGAAAGCGCACCACUGAUGCUUCUAUCCCAGGAAUCAAGAAAUAUGUCACAUACAACUUUCUGUGGGUUUCCAAUUUGGCGCGCUCUCAUGAGGGGGAAAACGCAGGCAAUAGCGGCCCAAGCAAGGCUACCUUUACCGCUGAGUCGUACGCUCUUUUCGCAUUGAUGUCGUAUAUGGACAACUGGGAUUGGGCGAAUGAUGGGAAAGCGAAAGCAUUUGUUGACGAGAUGAUCCCAUAUGAGAGACUUCCUAACAGUAAGAAAGUGCGCUUGGGCUAAGGAAAGGGUUGUUGUUUGGUUAUUUAGCUAUUGUAAUGGUGUUUGUUCCUAUUAUAGAACGCGUCUGAUUGCCCGGGAAGGCAGGCUUUGCUGCAGAGUGUCCCAGAGAUCUUUUUAUUACGUGACCGGAGCUUUUCCAUCCUGAUGCAAAGACCUGUAUUGUCUUCGACUGAUCAAGUGGUUCUUUAUCAAGAAUUGCCACGCAUUGGGGACAUUUGAGCUCUCGCAGCCCUUGUAUUUGACUGGCUGAGGCAGAUGCGCCCAGAGUUGCAGCAAGGAAACCAUUGGAAGCGCAGAAAACUGACGUCGGUACAUCAACAGGCUUGAAAAUUGAGUAGAGUGCUGGUAUUUUGUUCAAGUCUCUCAAUCGAGAGAAGUCCGUCGUACAUAGCGGGGCCCUCUGCAACCUGACUUCAAGCAGCUGUAAGCAAGUUGCACACCGCCCAAGCAGCCGUUGAUG